AUGGACACUCUAGGUCGCUCACUCGCGAAGAACAGGAAGUUCGUGACGUGGAAGCUCGCCAGGUUGCUUCGGGUAGUUAGUUACUGCUUCCGAUUCUGUCGAAACGCUCUAGGUCCGCAAAAUCGUCGCAAGGUUGGUCCUCUGCAGCCGCCCGAAGUGGAUUACUCGCUUAAAUCGCUCAUUCGUUCCGUCCAAGGUACAGAAUUCCCAGAAGAACUUCGUUGUCUCUCGACGAAUCCUCAGCGGCGACUGACCAGCAAGGACCGGAAACUCCAAUCGUCAUUCAAGUCGCUUAACCCGUUUCUGGACAACACAGGCCUCCUACGGAUAGGAGGACGCUUGGCAAAGCUGUCGGCCUCUUUGGAUACCAGAGCACCUAUUCUUCUACCGGCCAAACAUCAUCUGUCUUGGCUAAUCGCUCGCUCCCUCCAUCUAAGGACUCUUCAUGGAGGACCAACCCUGCUACUGGCUACCAUUCGGCAAAGAUUCUGGCCUCUACGUGGACGCGAUCUCGUUCGUAAAGUCGUUCGGCAGUGUGUGACCUGCUUCCGCUGUGCCCCGAAGCCGACGGAGCAGUUCAUGGCUCCUCUACCGUCUGUGCGAAUCACGCCGGCACGAGUGUUCGCGAAUAGUGGUAUGGACUACUGUGGGCCCUUCGGUAUUCGUCCGUUAGUUGGGAGGGGAGCAAACGUGAAAAUGUACGUCGCCGUGUUCGUUUGUAUGGUGGUGAAGGCGGUACACCUCGAGGUAGUCACCGACCUUACGUCCGUCGCGUGUAUCAAUGCGGUGAAGCGGUUCGUCGCACGUCGCGGUCGCGUAGUGAAUUUGUAUUGCGACAACUCGACAGCAUUCGUCGGAGCUGAUCGAGAACUGAAGCAGCUACGUCGCCAGUACCUUCAGCAGUAUUCGACGGAGCAGUGGAAUGGAUACUGCCUGGAGAGUGGAAUAACGUUCCACUUUAUCCCUCCACGUUCCCCCCACCACGGUGGCCUGUGGGAAGCGGGGGUCAAAUCGUUCAAACACCAUCUGCGUAGGAUCCUUGGAUGUCGAUCGUUUACGUUGGAGGAGUUCAACACUACAGUGGCCCAAAUCGAAAGUAUGCUGAACUCUCGCCCCCUGUCGCCACUGUCUAGUCACCCGCAAGAUCUGUCCAGCCUUACUCCCGGCCACUUCCUUGUGGGAGAGCCUUUGUUUUCUAUUCCAGAGCCCGACUACACCACACAUCCUGUUGGUCGGCUCAACCGUUACCAGGAGAUGAAGCGCAGUGUCCAGGAUUUCUGGAAACGCUGGGCACGAGAGUACGUCAGCGAGCUCCAUCAGCGCUCAAAGUGGCAACGUGUGCGGGACGAAGUGAAGGUGGGAUCCCUGGUCCUGCUGAAGCAAGAAGGUCUUCCACCCCUCGAAUGGAACUUGGGUCGUGUCGUAGCGGUAUCACCAGGAUCGGACGGCCACGUUCGGGUCGUCGAGGUUCGAACAGCGAAAGGAUACUACACACGAGCAGUGACUGAAGUCUUUCUGCUACCUAUCGAGGAGCCAGUCUUUGAAAUGCCGGAGGCGGACGAGGAGGAUAGACCAACCGGUCCGCAAGCGAAAGCAUCACCAGUCAUCGGGCAACAGUCGGGAUGGAUUCUCCUCGAUCUAUGGGAAAGGUCCACGACCCCUACCGGAUCUGUUCCGCCUCCUUUCCUUUCGCCUGUCGGUAUGCAAAGCUACGCCAUGGAUUUCUCGAACAGCAGCGACUCGGCCGGACGGUGUACGGACCCCGCGGAAAGCUGUCCAAGAGCUUCCGCCACUUGGAUAUCUACUGAUAAUCUACUGGAUAAGCUGAUGGUCGAGAAGUGGUUCGGAGCGAAGAAGGAAAUCAUCGCCGUUCGCACUGUCUGCUCGCACAUCGAUCUAUAA